GCAAGGUAAACGUCACUACUGAGCGCCGGGCGCGUUCCGUUGGCGGCGGAUUCGAACGUUUGGUUCGCGGUUUCUGGGCCUGAAGAAGCGUCACAGGGACCGGAUUGUUUUCCCUGAGCUUGUGUGCGGUGCAGGGAACACCUCGGAAGCUGAGGCAGCUGAUACCUGACGGAGAGGAUGGCACUGUCGACCACAGUCUCCCAAAGGAAGCAGAUAAAGCGGAAGGCUCCCCGUGGCUUUCUAAAGCGAGUCUUCAAGCGACAGAAGCCUCAACUUCGUCUGGAGAAAAGUGGUGAUUUACUGGUUCAUCUGAGCUGUUUACUGUUUGUUCGUCGAUUAGCAGAAGAGUCCAGGACAAACGCUUGUGAAAAUAAAUGUAGAGUCAUUAACAAGGAACAUGUACUGGCCGCAGCAAAGGUAAUUCUAAAGAAGAGCCGAGGUUAGACGUCAAAGAACAUAUUCUUGAAAGUUAUUAUGAUGCAUUCUUUUGGGUGGUAACAGGUCAUAAAGACAUUUUUUUAUACAUCAAUUACUAUGGGAUUAUUAAAUAUUGGCUAGAAGAGA